AUAAAACUACAAAAGGGAAAGAUCAGAGAUCUCAUUGUUAAGCAGUGAUGAUUUGCAGACCGAGCUCUGUGCAGCUGAACCAGCAGAAUCCAGUCCAGCCCUCCCAUCAGCUUCAGCAUGGCUUGCUUCAUUAAAGACACACACAAGCAGAUGAGAAAACUGACCCCUGCCAUACGUCAAGCAUUAGACUAACUAUAAUAAAUUCUUUAUUUAAUGACAAUAUUCCUUUUAAAACCCUCAUCUUACCAUACACACUAUAGUUUGGGGAGGGGGAAAAACGGUCUUGUGACUUGAGAAAGGGUUGGUGAAAUGUUGUCAGAAGACUAUAGCUCGAGACUUUAAACAUCUGCAUAAAUAUUACAAAAAACGUGUUUUACAUUUUAAGAUUCUUGUUAAAAACGUGUUUUACACCCUUUUCCCUAGAGUACGUACGUUUUUUUUAAAUAAUUAUCACUUUAUAAUUGCAAAUGCAACUGAAAGGUCCGCCUGUUAUUCAUUGUUAAUGCCGUUCAAUUUUGAAUCUUUAAGGAAAGUUGCAUUUUGAGUGGCGCACGCGAGAUGUAAUGCUACUGCUAACCAGAUCAAACUGGCCGUGUGACGCUGAACUUUACACUCUAAUUGUCAUCGGCUGACGGCGUCAGGAGAUUGGUGCUGCUCGUCGGGCUCCGCAAAAACAACUCCAAAUAUGUUCAAAGGAAGACUUAACGGAGAAAAACACUCCAGUAAGGUAUGUCUAUUUGACACUGGGAGGAUUCAUCUUUGCUAUUCUAACAAUGGGUUCAUACAGCUUAUUGCUGUUCUUCAGUGCCGUCCUUCUCCUGCUGCUGAUAUAUUGUCUACACCCAACGCAUAUUCAUCAGUGGACACUGGGACUGCAGAUGUGUUGGCAAACUGUCUGGCACUUGUACCUCCAGUACCAGUUAUACUGGCUUCAAGAGACACCAGACUCCAGGCUAUUACUGGCCAUAUCUGCUCUAAUGUUGAUGACACAGAGGGUUUCUUCUCUAUCUCUUGAUCUGCAGGAGGGAACAAUCACUAGUUCUUUUCAAAACAGCAGUCAAGAUCUGUCUAUCCUUAUACCAUUUCUAAGCUACUCGCUUAAUUUUCCUGCACUUCUUGGAGGGCCACUUUGCAGUUUUAACACUUUUGUGCAGUCUGUUAGGCAAAUGAGUGUGACUCCACCUUUGGCUCCAUAUUUAAGGAGACUUACUUCACAGAUAUUGCAAGUUAUAAUUUUGGUGUGGAUUAAAUAUCCUCUCAAGGAGCUCUUAAAAUCAAUCACAUUUAGAGUAAACAGCCCUUGCGUUUGUCAAAACAUAAUAUGGAUCUGGAUCCUGUCGCUGCUACUUAAGAUGAACUAUUAUGCACACUGGAAGGUCAGUGAAUGUGUUAACAAUGCUGCAGGCAUAGGUUUCCAUGGGUACAGUCACAGUGGAAAAAAAUCAUGGGAUGGGUUUUCUGAUGGCAGUCCAUGGGUGACUGAAGCAUUGAGUCGUCCUUCAGCGUUUGCACGCCAGUGGAACAGAACCACGGCAGUGUGGCUUCGAAGAAUGGUCUUCAAAAGAUCCAACAGAUCUCCACUGUUUAUGACCUUUUUGUUUUCAGCGUGGUGGCAUGGCCUUCAUCCAGGUCAGAUUCUGGGUUUUAUCAUCUGGGCUGUCACCGUGCAAGGGGACUAUAAAAUACAUCACUUCUUGCAUCCAAAACUUACCUCCAAGUGGAGGAAAUGGCUGUAUGUGUGUUUAAACUGGGCUUUUACUCAACUGACCAUUUCAUGUGUUGUUGUCUGUGUGGAGCUCCAGAGCUUGGAGUCAGUGAAACUGCUCUGGUGUUCAUAUAUCGCUGUGCUUCCACUACUCAGUGUUUUAAUAAUUAUAAUCCUGUGAGAAAUUCACAGAAGCAGCGUAAAUUAUGUAAUACAAAUAUGUCAUCAAAUAUCUAAUUAAAUAUAGUAAACAUGAAAGCUUAACCAAGCUUGCAUGAUUAGCAAGAAUAUUUGAGCUUAUACCAUAUAUUUAAUGUGCUCUGUGUGCAUCAGUCUGUAUGUCUAUAUAUAAAU